AUGGUUUGCGUUCCUCCCUGUUGGGCGACUCUUUCUCAAGCACUGAGGAAAAUCAUUGUUGACUCUGACACGGAGCGAGAUGUUCUUGCCGCAAGUCUUUGUGUAUUCUUCAACUCUCGUUUGGCUUUAUGCAUCUUCAAAGAUACCCAUAACAUACACUUUCGCCUUAGAAGUCAGGUCAUUCUGAUUCUCGCCAGUGCUGAAACGGCAGAUUUCUAA